AUGGGCUCCGACAUCUGGGUGGGUCCUUGGCGGCCGCACCGGCCCCGCGGCCCCAUCGCUGCGUUCUACAGAGGCCCGGGGCCCAAGUACAAGCUGCCCUCCAACACGGGCUAUAUCCUGCACGACCCGUCGCGGCCCCGCGCGCCUGCCUUCACCUUCGGCCUGCGCCUCCCUAAGCAGCAGACUGACUGCAGCCCCGGACCUGGUUACCUGGUGCCAGCUCGCAUGACCGCGCGCGGCUCUGACAGCACCCCCGCCUACUCCAUCUACGGCCGCCCGCGCCUUAUGGCGCCCAGCCUCACUCCCGGACCUGGAAGGUACUCCCCAGAACGAGCGGGGAACGCAGCAUACCCCAGUGCGCCUCGGCACACCAUCGCCCCUCGAAAUUGGGGCAUGCACACCGAGCAGCACAUACCAGGCCCCGGGGCCUACACCGUGCCCUCGCUCCUGGGCCCGCGCGUCAUUGGUAAAGUCUCGGCCCCAACUUACUCCAUCACCGGCCGCAGCACAGUGGGCAGCUUCUUAGAGGACCUCAGCAAGACCCCGGGUCCCUGCGCCUACCACGUGGUGAACCCUGGCAUAUACAAGUCGCGGGCUCCCCAGUUCACAAUGCUGCCACGGACUUUGCUCCACCAAGACCGCAGCUUGAAUCCCGGGCCCGCUGCCUACAGUGUGGACCAGCACCAGAAGCCAAAAGGCUGGAGCUUCGGCAUCCGGCACUCAGACUAUCUGGCCCCGACCGCGACCUACAUGGAUGACUGA